AUGAGUUCCAAAAUGGUAGAAGGGAAAAAAGGCACAAGAGAGGAAGAAAAUAGCCAAAUUUCAGAACAAGUUAAACAUUAUCAUAUCAAAUUUUGCCUUAUUGAAACAACAUUACCCAAAUCCCAUCAGAGACGCAUUUUGGAUAGUCAGAAAAGUAUGCCCCAACCCUGCACAAAACAUGUAAUUGAAAUGAUGCAUUGUGAUAUCUUUUAG